AUGGAGAAAAGUCUUAUGAUUGCCUCGGCUAGCGCGCUAGGUGCUUCUGCUCUGACGUUACUGGCUUGUCGUUAUCUUUCCAAGAGACGCGAAGCGCACGAUAACGUGUAUGAGACAGAAAAAUUAAUCGGCGAAUAUCUUAUUUUCCACUUUGGCAAACCAGAUGAACUGUUACCAUAUGGCUUUGGUCCCCAUGACUCUCUUGAUUUUCCCAAGCGAUGUGCGUUGGAGUGUAUUAAACAUAUUGGGGUGAGUACAAUCGUAAAUUUUUCACUGUACAAGGAAAGAAUAUGCUGAUGUACGUAAAUUUUAUUCUAUUUCGCAAUAAUUUGCAAGGAAUUUCGAAUAUAAAGUCUAAGGUGUUUCAAAGUAAUUUGAAUUCAGGCCUCUGCACGUGGAUGAAGUGUGUCAACUCCUUAUUUCCACACUGUAGAAUUAAGUGUUUCUCUUGUACGAAUGGUUUUCUUACAACAUCUGGAACAGACCAUAACAUCUGACUAAAUUAGAAUUCUUUCUUUAUUGUAUGUUCGCUAAAAAGUGAUUAAACUAUUAAAUCUCGAUCUCUUUAGGAUAAUGUGCCGAGCAUUGCUCUCGACAUAGGAUGUGCAGUUGGUCGAUCUUCUUUUGAACUAGCCAAGAGGUUUGAUCAAGUUGUAGGAAUUGAUUUUUCCCAUGGUUUUAUUAAUGCCUGCAAUCAACUCAAGACAUAUGGAAGAUUGGAGUACUCUGUCCAAACUGAAGGAAGUCUUGUGUCUAAACAUGUCGCUGAGGUUGAUCUUGACAUUGUAAGUAAGUCACAUUGUACAAUAUUUGUCUCAGUGGGGUUUGAGAAAAGUCAUCUCAACAAUGUAGGUGUUUCUACUUUGUAUUAGAUGGGGAAAUACUAAGGUAUAAUAUUGACCAAUCAUAAGAUCUGAUUGGCUGGAUGUUAGUGAAGCUAUCAUUUUACACAUAGUACUUAAUUUAUUUAAUUUCAUUUUUUUGUAUUGGCACAGCAUUGUUGUUGUUUUUUUUAGAAGGCAAUCAGGGGGGAAUGGGGUACAGGAAAUGUUAAACUUAAAAACAAUUUUCAGUAGGUAACACUUAGGAACCUUUUUCCAGAAUGUGCAAUUGUCCCUUAAAAGGAGGUUCCUUAACCCUUUGAUACCUAAGAGUGACAAGCAUCUAAUUUUUCAUUACAAUAUCACCCAUGGAUAACACAUCACAAUCAUAAGAAUAAAGGAAAUGAUCACCAACUAAAGAAGCUCUUGAUUAUGAAGUAAAGUCUCAUGUUAGCACCUUUGGAAAUGUAUGGAGAACAGUAAGGAGAAUAUGCAUACUGAUGUUAGGAUGUAAAGGGUUAGAUAAAGUUUGUAGAUGCUAAGGUCACAGGAGCAUAUUUACCAGCUAGUAUCAAAGUGAUAAUUUGUGUUUUGUCUUUAGUUUUUUCCUUAGGAGUAGUUGUAAUGUAUGUGGUAUGUAACAUUAGCUACAACUUUGUGUAAUUUUUUUUUUUUUUUUUUUUUACUAGGAUAGAAGUCGUCUAUCUUUUUAUCAAGGAGAUGCCUGCAAUUUGCCCAGUGAUCUUGGACAGUUUGGCUGUGUUCUGGCAGCAAAUUUGGUUUGCCGUCUUCCUAAUCCCUAUCAGUUCUUAGAUAGGCUUCCAUCUUUAGUGGCACCUGGAGGUGUUUUGGUCAUUACAUCACCAUAUUCAUGGUUAGAGGAGUUUACACCUAAGGUAAUAUUUUUUAAGAACUAGAGGAUAAUUUGUCUAAAGUUAGCAUUGUAGGUUAAAACUAGCAUUUACACAUUCAUGGACAAUUUGAAAAUACUGUCAGUAUAAGAUACUGAGAAAAGAAAGGAUUUUGAGCUCCUCAAGAGCACAAAUUUAGUACUAGUAAUAGGUGACUUCUUGAUCUUGAACUCACCAUGAGGCAUACUGCAAGUUCCAUGGUUUAAUUUAAAUUAAUUACCUCCUUAAUACGAUUGUAAACAUUAAUGGGUAAGAUCAUUGAUUCAGAAGCACUUGUAGAAGUGUGGUCAUUAUUACUCUGUUGGCCAAAAACAUUGGUCAAAUUUUCUUUUUUUGUCCUUUCUUGAAAAAGAAUGUAAUGGAGCUUGUUUGUCGAGAAUUCAGGUGGUAGAUUAUUUCUGUGACAUUGCAUCCAUAAUGUAUUGUAGAAACAUCAAAACUAGCUCUUUGUAGUGAAAUUUUUACAUUAUGGGAAGGAUGAAUGAUAAUGAACCAGGAUUGUCAUUACAAAAUGUGCUGAACUGAGAAGGUGGCUGAAUUGAAUGAUGUUUGCAUAGUAAAGAUGGCAUGUUGCUUGGCAACAUGCCCUCCUAGGAGGGUCUAGGGAAUGUGAUUUCAAGCAUUCAGGGUCAUAUUUGAGUAACUUAUUUUUCAGCCAGAUAUUGAUGUUAGAAUCAGUUCAGAUAGUACUUCUUUUCUGCCUUUGAGCCAGUGCAAAAUGGUCUGAUAGCUUCAGCUGGCAGGUUUACUCAAACUGCUGACUUCUAAUUACAACCCUGUACAUGACUGAGCACAGGUAUCUUGAUACAUCUUUUUUUUCCUUUUUUUGUGAGUAUAGAAUCUUUGGCUUGGUGGCUAUAAAGAUGCAGAUGGAAAGAUUGUCACAGGAUUUGACAAUUUGAAGAGUUACCUGGGUCCAAAUUUUGAGCUGAUUGAAGAUAAGCCAAUGCCUUUCUUCAUCAGAGAAACUGCUCGUAAAAACCAGUGGACUGUAGCACAUGCCACCAUUUGGAAAAGAAGGCAGGCAACACCUUGAUUCCAAACUCUUAGCAAUGUUGUUUUAGGAUAUCUGGUUGAACUUUAGGUGCAAAAGUAACGCAAACGAACUUCGACGAAUUUCCUGACUUUUCGUGGCUUCUCGAGGGAAUUCGGGUGUCCUUAAAGCUAAGACCUAAGACCCGGAAAUUUAAGACCCUGUUUUUUUUAGGGAAAUCAUCAAAUUUCAGCUUCCUUUACCUUAAAGUGGUAAAAUGAAUAAAAUAAAUGCACUCACACUUAAAAAAUAACAAUUUAGUUGUAUUUUUUUCCGGUAUGGCUUGCCUCUUCUAGACUUUCAGUUUAUAGUUGGGGCGCAGCGCGAAAGACUGGGCGCGAGAAAAAAAUUUAAUAAAAAGCGCGGCGAGAGGGGGCUACGGGUAUGGAAAACGAAACUAUUUCCGGUUGUCGCAGUGUGGCGUUACACUGUGUACUAAAGUUUGCGAAAAAACGAACGAAGCGAAGCAGUACUUUGUCUACUUUGCAAAACGGUAUUUUUCGAUAAGGUGCUUUGCGUUUUUCGUUUUCUUACCUCCAUAUUUAUCACUAGAACGUAUUACUUUGACGCUACUUACUUGACGCGUGAUAAACCUGAUGUGCAACGUCCUUCCUGGCUCUUGGGUCUUGCUCAUCAAUCUCCUCCGCUCCAGACUCUAACCCACCAUCUGUCAUAUCUGAUUGCGAAACCAAAGACUCGACGAUUUCUCCCUUCUCAACAUUGGCGCUAUAAACAAGCUCCGGCUGGCUAGGAUCAGAAGGCUUGCGAAAGUCUAACUGUUUUCCAAAUGCUCCUUUCAAUCGUUGCUUGAGCUUUGAUGACCUGUAGUCACUGAUGUUUAAGCCUUCCUCGUUUAGGUGUGAAACAAAUUUUCCAACAAGUUCUAUCAUGUUGAGGAUUCUUGUUUUAAUAAUGACUUCACUUUGAAGAUAAUGACACAAUUUGCUAAAUACUUUGCUGUAGCCUCGCUUUGCUGAGCUUCGAGCUUUGUUAGUGCCUCAAGGCGAACAUAAUUCUUUUAGCACGAUCUGUGGUAUUUAAUCUCGCGAGCAAUACAAUCUUGUCCUUUUAUCUGCAGUAGCACACGAUUGUCGCCCCUUGUCUCAGCUGCUCUGAGGAGGGAUGCACUGCCAUACUCGCUGAUAUUCUGGGUUAGAGCUUCCCUCGAUCUCGCUCCCUUUCCACGUUUACAUUUCUCCACUUGGCAAAUGAUGCAUUUAUCGAUAUCAAAUCUCUGAACAUGAGAUCUAUGGAAGCGUUUUGCUGGUGGCUCUUUACUUGGCUCGUCUGCAGCGAUUUCUUGAUUAGCAGAUGCAGGCGCGGCCUUGUUAGCAGUCUCUUCGAUCCUAGAUAUGUUGCCUACAUUAGUAUAACUCUGGUAAGAUUGCCUGUGGUACCCUCCUUUGGGUUCCCCUCUCCAGUGGUUCAUCAUUGUAAGCCAGAUGUGGUCAUUUCGUCUCAAAGAGCAUUUCUCAAACUUCUCCCGGCUUUUCUCCGUAGACAAGGUUCAUUUCCCGCUACUUUCUGCCACAUGACAAAGGCACUUUUCCAGUUGGGCCGCAAGUUCAAACUGGCUGAACGUUUCCUAGAAGCUGGCUUGAUCUAUGUUAUCUCUAACUCAUUAGGCAGUAAAAAUUAUCGUCAUUAUCGGCUCAGUACUUACAGAUCUUUUUGAAGCAGCAUUCUUAUGAAGACAACGUUAACUUUUCGUGUUAGGUUUUGAAUAACGAGGAACUGACAUUUGGAAUGAAAGCAAAACGUUUGACAAUCGUAACUUAAUUAGUUUGCCACAAAAAAUGCAAUUAAAGAAGCAAAUCCGUUUUAGCUGAUUUGAUACUAUCAGAUCGUCAAGUGAAGUAAAGCCUGUAAAAUGCUUCCUCUAAGACGACUUUUGCAAUAAAAGACUUUUUUCAACUUAAAGUCAUUAUUUUAUAUGGUUUGUGGUAAACAUUUGCAUUCCAAAAAAGUUAAAAACGUCGUUUUGUUAGCUAGAAGAAAUCUAGAAAUCAAGAAAUCGAACUUGAGUUAAAUAUAUAGAAUUUCAUCUUGUAUUCGAAAAACCACACAUUUUCAUAACCGAGCAGUAUUUGACUGGUGCCUGUUGCCAUGGAAACCAAAACUACAGGUUUGAUAACACAUUUGGGCAGCUUAUGAUACAACAACUAUAUCUCGCAAAUUUGAACCAAUUUGGUUGAUGUUUGUUAGAGGUAUGGACCAUUUUUCUUCUCACCACGACUAUAGCAAGCAAAUUCUCCUCACCCCACCCCCCAUGGAAACAGCCCAAUAUCUCAUUAUAGCACACGUUAACGGUUUGAAAACAAGUAGAUUCUAAAAAUAUAGGUCCUAAGCUUUAAUUUGAUACCAAAUUCACUAUGUCUCCUGGGGGGUGCUACGAAACUCAAUUUCUAGGCCUCUUUUGAGAUUUGGCUUAUGGACUACUAAUUAACAAUUGGUUCAUACGUUAGCGUGCGUUCAUCUAGAUAUGAAGCACGCGGGAAGUUUCGAGAGCACGAAAGAUGCGUAAGAAUUGCUCGAGGCGUAGCCGAGAGCAACUCUAGCUUCUUCUUGUGAACCCACAGCUGACGUAUGAACCAAUUGUAUUUUAUAUAAUAAGCUCAGUUAUGCACGCGUUUUGAUUGGUUCUCACUUAUGAUCUAUUGGAGGACAGACGUAUAGAUGACGUCAUCAUUAAAACUUUUUAAAAUUCUUUAUUAUAUAAAACAAAUAGAUUCCAAGUUGCCGUGCGUCUGUUCAGUAAGAGAUCACAGAUGACGUCAAAAUGUGGUAGGAACAAAAAAGUGGAACACGAGGCGCAGCCGAGUGUGUCACUGAUGUUCUUGGAACUUGGAAUCUAUUUGUUAAAUAACAUUUUCAACCCGAUGGAAAAUGUUCUUUCUCGAGGGAUUUGUUUGCUGAUGUCAUGUCCGUGCACAGUAGGAAUAUGAAGCAUACUCGUGCAAUUGAAUUUGAUUAGUCAAAUUUAGAAAUGUAGCACUUGAUCUCUCGCUCGCUUGUGUAUUAUUACAAAAUUGUCAAACAAGAAACGCAGGAAUAAUUUUAAAGUAAGCGGUUUGGAAUACGCACCCAAGUCAAUAGACAAUUUGGUGUCGACGAUUUAAAAACAUCUGUUUGAAAACCCCGCCGGCAUGUCAAAAAACAUGAAGUAACACUUCUUUUCUAAAUUAUUUUCAGCUGAGGUACUGACAUUAUUCGCAUAUCAGUGCCGCGGCGCCGACGACCGCCUACGCAUACCAGUGCAAGACAAGCGUCGCCAAACGAUGCCAAAACCUCCGCAAGAACAGGCCAAACUAGGAUCGAUGCCAUUUGUUUCGUUUUUGCUCAUUAGUUUCUGUAUUUACUGUAAUUAGUCAAUGAAUAAAGGCAGAGAAGUAUUUGUAACUGACUUUUGGGAUUCAACAUCGAAUUUAGCGACCAGUCGGAAUAAGCGUGGUGCAACUUAUAUCGGAUUUAUUUUUCUCUGCAAGGAAAAUAAAAAAGAUCAUUCGAACAAUGGGGAAGGUUUUCGUCAGGGUGGAAUUAGAACACGAGUACCAAACGGUGCUAGGUCUCUCUUGCUUGCAAAGUAAGUUUUCGAAUCCUCUUUCAUAUUACUAUCCAAACUUCCCACGUUAAUGACGGAAUUAAAAUUUUUUCAUGUGUGAACGUAAUCUGCGAAAACUAAAAGAAACAUUCGGAUACCAUAUCGGCCAAAAACGUGUGUGCUGUUCAUUGAAGUCAAAAGCGAUGCAGAAAAUUUACUAUUACAGCAGCAUCUGAUGACAAUGAUCAGAACAACCUUAUGUCUUGUCUUUUCUGAUAUGAAACCAAACUUAAAGUCUUUAUUCUUGGUAAGUUAAGCGAUUAUUUCUCAUCGUUUGUAUUCGUGACUUUAAAACUUCAGCCGGGGACCUGUCGUGUAUUUUGUGAACGUUAUUUGAAUGAUAGAUCGCGAAAAUCGCAUGGUAAACGAUUAAGUCUGUCCAGCGCGAAAUUUCGAGCAGUAGGCGAAAUGGCGCUCUUUGUUCAACGGGCAAUCCUCUUCCUUUGACCUCCUACAACAAAAAUAUCAGUGAAAGGCCUAUUUUACAAAUAAUCAUAUAGUUUGUGGCAAUUGGUCGAUUCUAAGUUUCUGAAUUCAAUGUUAUAAUUGCUGCAAUGCAUUUACUUUUAUUAAGUGCUGGUAAUACUACUAAUUAACAAUUCGUUCAUAUGUCAGCGUGUGUUCAUCGAGAUAUGAAGCAUGCGGGAAGUUUGGAGAGCACGAAAGAUGCGUAAGAGUUGCUCGAGGCAUAGCCGAGAGCAACUUUAGCUUCUUGAGUGCUCUCCAAACUUCCUAAGUGCUUCAUAUCUCGAUGAACGCACAGCUGAUGUAUGAACCAAUUGUUUUAAAACAUUUUCAACCCGAUGGAAAGUUUUCUUUCUCGAGGGAUUUGUUUGCUGAUGUCUAGUUUCUUGAUAAUUUCGGCGAACUUUCGCUUCGAAGCGAAAAUUCGACGAAAUAGCGCUCUUUGUUCAUCAGAAAAUUCGCUCAAAAAGCCUCGAAUUGUCAUUCGAACUUUCGCACGAAAUUUCGAAGAAAGUUCGCGAGAAAAAAAAACGAAUUCGGGCAUUUCGCUUGCGUUACUUUUGCACAAUACUGUGGUCGAUUUCUCACAAAGUUGAAUAAAUUCAUGUCACUAUCUUAAGAACUAUGGAAAAUUAGUCUACACUGUUCAAGCUGAAGGAGACUUGUGUCCGAACUUGUGGCAGAAGUCGAUGCGUUAUAUUAGUCAUAUCUAAAUUGAAAUGUCAGAGAACCUGGAAAAGAAAAUGUUCAUCAGAGAGAAAUGACGCCCCAACGCAACCACCUCCCCCACGUUGUUCUUUUCCUUCCCGAUCACUUACGCUAUCAGUAAACUGUGAUAGGGCGUGCCUUUUUUCGCGGAUGCGCAAUAAAGUAGCAGAGCACGAAUCGGCAGCAAGUAUUUACCACCAUUUACUGUUUCGCUCUGUGCCUGAAACAGGCUAAGAAACGCUUUAAACGUAGUACAUGUAUUCAGUUAGCUAGUUAGUCAGAAACAUUCAAUUGCUUUAUUGAGAUUUCCUAACCGAUACCAUAUCUGUUGUUUUGCUACUUCUAGAGGAAAAAAGUCUCUUAACGUGCCACCAAUGAAAUAUUACUUUCAACUCUUUUUAGCCAUUUGCCAUUUCCGUUGCCCUCGUUCGCUUAAAAAUUCGCUUAAAAAUUAGUUCUGGUAGAGUACACUUGCCCUAAGCGAUGACCUGUUCACCCGAGCACCAAAUCGGAGAUCCUGUCCACGUCAGGUCGUUUACUUCGGCGAAUUAAUCUGUAAUACUUCUUCAAGUUUCUACCAAUUAUGGAGAAAAGUCUUAUGAUUGCCUCGGCUAGCGUGCUAGGUGCUUCUGCUCUGACGUUACUGGCUUGUCGUUAUCUUUCCAAGAGACGCGAAGCGCACGAUAACAAGUAUGAGACAGAAAAAUUUUUCGGCGAAUAUCUUAUUUUCCACUUUGGCAAACCAGAUGAACUGUUACCAUAUGGCUUUGGUCCUCAUGACUCUCUUGAUUUUCCCAAGCGAUGUGCGUUGGAGUGUAUUAAACAUAUUGGGGUGAGUUAACAAUCGUAAAUUUUUCACUGUACAGGUAAAGAAUAUGCUAAUGAACGUAAAUUUUAAUUCUAUUUCGCAAUAAUUUGCACGGAAUUUCGAAUAUAAAGUUUAAGGUAUGUCAAAGUAAUUUGAAUUCUGGCCACUGCACGUAGAUGAAGUGCGGCAACUAACUCCUUAUUUCCACACUGUAGAAUUAAGUGUUUCUCAUGUACGGAUGGUCCUCUUACAACCUCAGCUUUGGAGGAAACUGACCAUAACAUCUGACUAAAUUUGAAUUCUUUCUUUAUUGUAUGUUCGCUGAAAAGUGAUUAAACUAUUAAAUCUCGAUCUCUUUAGGAUAAUGUGCCGAGCAUUGCUCUCGACAUAGGAUGUGCUGUUGGUCGAUCUUCAUUUGAAUUAGCCAAGAGGUUUGAUCGAGUUGUAGGAAUUGAUUUUUCCCAUGGUUUUAUUAAUGCCUGCAAUCAACUCAAGACUUAUGGAAGAUUGGAGUACUCUGUCCAAACUGAAGGAAGUCUUGUGUCUAAACAUGUCGCUGAGGUUGAUCUUGACAUUGUAAGUAAGUCACAUUGUACAAUGUUUGUCUCAGUGGGGUUACAAGUGAGAAAAGUCAUCUCAACAAUACUAGGUGUUUCUACUUUGUAUUAGAUAGGGAAAUACUAAGGUAUAAUAUUGACCAAUCCUAAGAUCUGAUUGACUGGAUGUUAGUGAAAUGAUCAUUUUACACAUAGUACUUAAUUUAUUUAAUUUCAUUUUUUUGUAUUGGCACAGCAUUGUUUUUGUUUUUUUUUAGAAAGCAAUCAGGGGGGAGUGGGGUAUAGGAAACGUUAAUGUUAAACGCUAAAAUUUUCAGUAGGUAGCAUUUAGGAACCUUUUUUUCCAGAAUGUGCAAUUGUCCCUUAAAGGAGGUUCCUUAACCCUUUGAUACCUAAGAGUGACAAGCAUCUAAUUUUUCAUUACAAUAUCACCCAUGAAUAACACAUCACAAUCAUAAGAAUAAAGGAAAUGAUCACCAACUAAAGAAGCUCUUGAUUAUGAAGUAAAGUCUCAUGUUAGCACCUUAAGAAAUGUAUGGAGAACAGUAAGGAGAAUAUGCAUACUGAUGUUAGGAUGUAAAGGGUUAGAUAGAGUUUGUAGAUGCUAAGGUCACAGGAGCAUAUUUACCAGCUAGUAUCAAAGUGAUAAUUUGUGUUUGUCUUGCUUAUUUCCCAAGGAGUAGUUGUGAUGUAUGUGGUGUGUGACAUUAGCUACAACUUUGUGUCUUUUUUUUUUUUUUUCUUUUUUUUUUUUUUUACCAGGAUAGAAGUCGUCUAUCUUUUUAUCAAGGAGAUGCCUGCAAUUUGCCCAGUGAUCUUGGACAGUUCAGCUGUGUUCUGGCAGCAAAUUUAGUUUGCCGUCUUCCUAAUCCCUAUCAGUUCUUAGAUAGGCUUCCAUCUUUAGUGGCACCUGGAGGUGUUUUGGUCAUUACAUCACCAUAUUCAUGGUUAGAGGAGUUUACACCUAAGGUAAUAUUUUUAAGAACUUGAAGAUAAUUUGUCUAAAGUUAGCCUUGUAGGUUAAAACUAGCAUUUUACACAUUCCAUGGACAAUUUGAAAAUACUGUCAGUAUAAGAUACUGAGAAAAGAAAGGAUUUUGAGCUCCUCAAGAGCACAAAUUUAGAACUAGUAAUAGGUGACUUUAUGAUCUAGAACUCACCAUGAGGCAUACAGACCUCCAAGUUCCAUGGUUUGAUUUAAAGUAAUUACCUCCUUAAUACAAUUAUAAACAUUAAUGGGUAAGAUCAUUGAUUCAGAAGCACUUACAGAAGUGUGGUCAUCAUUACUUUGUUGCCCAAAAAUAUAAGUCAAAUUUUCUUUUUUUGUCCUUUCUUGAAAAAGAAUGUAAUGGAGCUGGUUUGUCGAGAAUUCUGCUGGUAGAUUAUUUCUGUGACAUUGCAACCAUAAUGUAUUGUAGAAACAUCAAAACUAGCUCUUUGUAGUCAAAUAAUAACAUUAUGGGAAGGAUGAAUGAUUACAAACCAGGAUUGUUAUUACAAAAUGCGCUGAACUGAGGGUGGCUGAAUUGAAUGAUGCUUGCAUAGUAAAGAUGGCAUGUUGCUUGGCAAAAUGCCCUCCUAGGAGGGUCUGGGGAAUGUGAUUUCCGGCAUUCAGGAUAAUAUUUGAGUAAGUUAUUUUUCAGCCAGAUAUUGAUGUUAGAAUCAGUUCAGAUAGUACUUUAAUUUUCUUCCUUUGAGCCAGUGCAAAAUGGUCUGAUAGCUUCAGCUGGCAGGUUUACUCAAACUGCUGACUUCUAAUUACAACCCUGAACAUGACUGAGUACAGGUAUCUUGAUACGUUGACUCUUUUCUUUUUUUGUGAGUAUAGAAUCUUUGGCUUGGUGGCUAUAAAGAUGCAGAUGGAAAGAUUGUCACAGGAUUUGACAAUUUGAAGAGUUACCUGGGUCCAAAUUUUGAGCUGAUUGAAGAUAAGCUAAUGCCUUUCCUCAUCAGAGAAAAUGCUUGUGAAAACCAGUGGUCUGUAGCACAUGCCACCAUUUGGAAGAGAAGGCAGGCAACACUUUGAUUCCAGACUCUUAGCAAUGUUAUUUAAGGAUAUCUGGGUGAACUUUACAUGGGACUUAUAGGUUUCUAAAAUACACCAUUUGGUUAAAUGCACAAGUUUGCGAUGAC